CGGGAAAACGCAAAACGUCAUUGUUGCUCUGCUUCCUCGGCGCGGGGUUUCUCCGCCGUCCGGCGUUCUCGUGAAUUUCCCAAGUCGCCUUUAUCGGCCUUGAGUCUCUGAAGGUGGUUGUUGCUGUUAACAUCCCACCAAGCUCUCCAUGGCAUGGAGUCACUUAUUUUAACUGUGCUCUCCACCCCUUGAAACUUUUUGAAGCUCUGGAGACGGUUGUUUUCUCUCGAUUAGGGCCAUGGAUUCCCCAUCGGCCUCGCCAUCCGCUGCUGGCCAGAAGCGCAAAAUUGUCGAUAUGAGCUCCGACGAAGAAGAUUCUCGCCCCCGAAUGGGCUUUCGCGGCUUUGCCAGAGCUGCCUCUCGUUCCGAAUCGCCUCCGUCUUUUGGCCUGGGAAGUGCAGGGCGCAAUCCCCUUAACAACAUGAUGCAGUCCGCAAAUACAGCACCGCGAGGUGGAAACACCAACGCGGGUAAGAAACCGGGGGGAGGAAACUCCUUUGCGGCACGAAUGAUGGCCAAGAUGGGCUACGUCGAGGGACAGGGUCUAGGUUCUGGUGGCCAGGGUAUUGUCAACCCAAUUGAGGCGCAAGCCAGACCGCAGGGUGCUGGAUUGGGUGCCGUCCGGGAAAAGACGAAACAAGCUCGGGAAGAAGAAAAACGGGCUGCAGCUAGAAGAGGGGAGGUACUUGAGGAUAGCUCGGAUGAGGAGCGGAAAAGACGACAGAAGAAGAAAGAGGCGCGCAAAAGGGAAGGCCGCAGUGAAACAGGCACACCUAUUCCCCGGGCGAAGCCGCAAUUUCGGACGGCGCGCGAGAUCGAAACGGAUAUGGCUGGUCUUGAGGUUCCGAACGUGUUGAAAUCACUGGUGGAUGCUACUGGCAAGGAACAAAGGGUUCUGACCUCUACGGCUGGUCUGAUGACCCCAUUAGAGUUCGUCAAUCAGGGCGAGGGCGAGGCAUUGAAAAUCGCGCAACGAGCUCGUCAUGAUCUAGAAGCCUUCGCGGACGAGUGGAAGGGAUUGACGGAGAGGAAGAAUUUCAUCGAAGCUGAAGAGACUCAAAUUGUGGAGCAGUUGGAUACCCAUCAACUCAAGGUUGACCAACUCACGCAGUUAAUAGCUGCGGUCGAGGAGCUGCAAAUAUUCCAGGACGAGAGCAUCUCAGCGAAAUUCGACGAACUUACCGCUAAGCUCGAAUCCCUAGAGUCCAAAUAUCGCGACGACAUUGAUGAAUACCGAUUGCCAGAAACUGCAGUCGCUGCCAUCCAUCCACUAUUCCGCCAAGCGAUGGAGGAGUGGGAUCCUCUCAAGCAACCCGACUUCCUCGUCUCAAAUAUUCGCCGCCUCAGACCACUUCUUUCUCGAAAGAAGGGAGAUGAGUAUGCACAGCGGCAGUCUACAUCGCCUUAUGAAACGAUGAUAUACACUCUAUGGCUACCACGCGUGCGAUCGGCACUGCUGAAUGACUGGGACAUGUACGACCCAUCCCCAGCUACAUCAUUAAUCGUAUCGUGGAAGGAUAUUCUGCCAUCCUUUGUAUAUGCGAAUGUCUUGGACCAGCUCGUGGUCCCCAGACUCAGUGGUGGAUUGAAGGAAUGGAAACCCCGAAGCAGCACCAGACGCCACCCGUCCUCUCAGCAAGGCUCCCGCUUCCCAUGGUGGCUCUUCACCUGGUUACAAUAUCUGGAUGAACGGCACACCAAUCCUAAACAGCCAACAGGUCUUCUAUCUGAUGCGAAGAGAAAAUUCCGCGUGGUAUUGGAUACAUGGGAUCUUCGCAAGGGUUUGAUCGGCGGUAUCGAGCUCUGGAAAGAUGCAUUAGGAUCCGAAUUCGACGUUUCCCUUCGGAACCAUCUCUUGCCCCGUCUGGGUCGUCAUCUUCGAGAGGAAUUUGAAGUAAAUCCCCAAGACCAGGAUCUCACUGCUCUCGAAGAUGUUUUCAAAUGGAAGGGAUUCUUCAAACCCAACGUUAUCGGCCUACUCCUCGUGGCGGAAUUCUUUCCCAAAUGGCACAACAUCCUCUACAUCUGGCUUACGAACGAUCCCAACUACGAGGAAGUCGGCGAAUGGUUCUCUUGGUGGCGAACUCAGAUACCAGCAGACAUAAACGAAUUAACAAUUGUCGACGACGAGUGGAAAAAGGGCCUCCAGACAAUGGAUCUGGCGUCUCGCCUGGGCGAUCGGGCCGUCGCCGAACUCCCACCUCCAACCGCUUCUACGCAACAAAUACCCACAGAAAGCACAUCAGCCCUGCCUCAACGCGCUGCUAUGGAAACACCCGCAGCCAAAGCGCCCCGCAAACCCAAGGUUGUCGAGGAGGUCGCAUUCAAGGACAUUCUCGAAUCCUGGUGCAUCGAGCAAGGUCUCAUCAUUCUCCCAUUGCGGGAGGCGCAUCCCCAGAACGGCCAGCCUCUGUUCCGGAUCACGGCAAGUGCUACUGGAAAGGGAGGAGUUGUUGCCUUCAUCCAGGGAGAUGUUGUCUGGGUGCAAAACAAAAAGGCAAAGGAGGUCUGGGAACCGAUGGGUUUGGAGGAUCGACUUGUGGAUCGUGCAGAGGGGCGAUAAUAUGUUUAUACCGGUAUUUAUUUGGUAUACCCUUUUGUUUGUUUUAGUAGGAGCAGGUUUUCUAAGAUAUCCUUAUUUUCGUCUUUUAAUGGUUGUGACUUUUGAAAUAAAUGUGGUAAAUAAAGGGAAGGUGGUCACUUUUGGGAAAUAUAUCAUGAUAUAAUGCUUAACAAAUCCAUUGGUUAUUGUACAGAACUAGAUGCCAGAUAGGUAGUUUACAGUACCAGGCAGAAUAUUCAAAGAUAGACCAACAAAUUAUU